GUGAAACUGUUUAAAGUAAGAAUGCUAAAUGUUAUUGGACCAGUAAAGCAGGGUUUUGUCUUGUCAGGAUUCCCACAACGUCUAAUGAUGUUUAUUGGGUGUUGUAGGUGUACCAGUCAGACACCUUCUCCCGUCUAACCCUGGGGACCCAGUAUGCUGUCACUGUGAUGGCCCUGCCAGUUCCUGAGUUGUGGGAUAAAUUCUAUCACAGCACAAUGUUCUCCACACGCACAUGCCCAGAGAAAAACGGACUUGAACAUUGCAAGAAAGAUUGGUACCCAAAACAUGUAGAAGUCCAGCAGGAAGAGGAUGACGUUAUUGUGACAUUCAACCUUGCUCCCACACAUUUUGGAAUCGACCGCUACUUCUCAUUAUGUUAUGGAGAGGGGCGGCGGGGAGGAGUUGGCCUGAAGAGAUACAUCAUUACACCUAAUUCCACAAGAAACAGAACUCACUACAGUUACCAUCUCCAAGGCCUGAUGGUAGGGUUCAACUACACAUGUGAGAUCGCAGUUGAUGAGGUAGACGCUGUAAGAAAAACAUUUAAUGUUCAAGUGAUGCAGAUUAAGCACGACCCACCUCCCACUGCCACUCCAUCCCUGACCCUGCUGCUCCCUGUUGCCGUUGCCCUGGCAGCCAUGUUAGUGGUGUUAUUACUGGCUGUCAUCUGGAAGAAUCCCAGGCAGAUUAGGAGGAAGAUGGAGAUAAAUCCAGAAAUAAUCGAGCAACAUCAUGGCAAGAAUGGGAACGAGGAACAUGUGUCACUGACCAGCAGGUUAACUCCACCUCGACUACUGAUUUGCUACAGCAGCGAUGACGGCCAUGCCCAUGUCCGAGCGGUAAUGCAACUAGCAGUCUUCCUGCAGCAGCACAUGGCAACACAGGUGUUUCUGGACCUGUGGGAAUCUCUAAGCUUGGCAGAGGAGGGGACCAUGGGAUGGCACUGCAGGAGGAUCCAGGAGAGUGACUUUGUUCUGGUCGUCUGUUCCCGGGGACUACAGAGGCGGCCAACGGAGAGAGAUGCGGGGGAAAGCAGAAGCUCUGCUGCAGCCGUAGUAUCCCUGAUGGGAGAAGAGCUUGGCCGUGCCAAAGCCAAGGGGAGAGACAUCUCCAAGUACAUGACUGCCAUAUUUGAGUACUCUGAGGAGAAGGACAUCCCUGCCGAGCUAGGGUUUGUGUCACGCUACACCCUAACUAGAGACUUGCCUUUGCUCUUCUCCCACAUCCAUGGUGUGGCCCUACAUAAGCCAGGGGGGUAUCUGAGAAUAGAACACAUUACAGAGGAGGGUUACACCAAACUGCCUGCCGGUGCUGCUCUACAAUGGUCUAUAUAUGAAGCUGGCAUGGCAUUGACUAAUCAUCGGGAAUCAUGUGAUGAAUGGGGAGGUAAAUCUCAAGACAAUCAUGUGGAAUGUGUGUGAGCAUCCCAGUUGGGCCCUGCACUGCAAACUCCGAGGCAAUUGACUUAUGACGACUGUAUUACCAGUAUUAUUAAAACACUUCUUUCCAAAGUGGUCCUCGAUGGGGAACUAUUCUGUGACUACUGAGCCGCGAUAAGCUUUUAAAAAUGGCCUUGCUUAUACAAUAUGUUAGGAGGAUUAUCUUAUUGGUUAUAUGUGCUGUGGUUAGGGUUGGCCAUGGGCUAUGGUGGAUCCUUUUAGAUUCCCUACAAAUAAUCUGAGAAUAACAGCAGACACAAUCUAUACAUUUUGAUUAGAUGUUUUGGGAUGUAAAUAUUUUUGUGAUUAAAUUACCACACUAACAUAUCACACAAGCAAACACCCAAGGCUGUCCAGAUCUCUAACACCUCUGACGUAGAUUAUUAUUAUUUUUGAAAUGGGGAAAUAUAGGCUGAAGGAAUUUUGAUUGUGAAAAUGUUUGAUGCCAUGCGAUCUUAAAUAACUAAAUACAAAAUCCAGAUGUAUUUUCUUCUGGUACUGAUAAUAUUUAUUUACAUGAAUGAUCUGUAUGUAGAAUGCUAUAGCCUGAACAGCCGCUAGUGGUCGCAGUUUACCUGUCUAUUGACGGUCUCACUAUCUGCAGGCUAGGAUAUAAACUAAGACAUAGAAUAUAAACUAAUUUGACAGUCAUUUCAUUCAGUCCAGAAAAGAGUAUAAAUCAAAUUAAUAUAGUUUUUAUUUGCAAUAGGCUACAUUUUAUGUGAUUCCAUAUGUUAUUUAAUGAAGAAAGCUGCGGAAUGGGAAACAGGAUUUUGAUUGCCUUGACAGUUGAAUAGGUUUUCUCAUCUCCGUUCUGCUAGCAGCAGGAAAUGAUACUGGAUUUUUUCUCUCAAAAUAAGAGUCCCCCUGCAAAGACAUGCUAAACUUUAGGAAAAUCGAUUUUUUGAAGCACUCUAGUGCAGUGAAACGUGUUGCACAGCAUUGCAACAAUCUAGGAACACUAGAUAUACCAGCAUUUAUUUUGAAAGUUUACACAAAUACUGGUAUGUUCAACUCUAUUUAAAUAGAGGGGUAUGAAGUGCUCCUGGAUGUGUAUGAGAGUCCCCCUCAAAGCCUGAACAUAUUUGGUUAGUAGAGACCCUACUGAGUAUUUUCCAUCAAGCUUUUUUGUUGUUGCUAUAGCCCAAUGUGUAAUACGCUCUAUUCAGUGGCGACCCGUCAUUCUGCCCCACCUGUUUUGAGACCCACAUUUUUUGCAAAAAAAACAACAAAUGUUUUGGGGGGGCUUGCAUGUUAUUUGGACAUUAAUAUGUGUCACAGAUAAGUUUGCAAACAAUGUAAAAAAAAAAAAAAAAAAAUGUAUAUA